AUGUCUGCACUCAAAUAUCGCCAUCUGUCACGCUCCUCAUCCCACCGACAAGCUCUCCUCCGCAAUUUGGUCACUUCUCUAAUCGAACACGAGACAAUCUCCACGACCUAUGCAAAAGCGAAGGAGGCGCAGCGCAUGGCCGAGAAGCUGAUCACGUUAGGAAAGCGGAACACUGGCGCUGCAAAGCACCAGGCACAGCAGAUAUUCUAUCUACCAGAAAAGCAUAUCCCCAAACUCUUCGGUCCGCUACGCGAACGUUAUGCUACCCGUCCGGGCGGUUACACUCGAGUUCUGAGGCAAGAACGAAGAGAAAAGGACCAGGCCGAGACCGCCAUCUUAUGCCUCGUUGAUGGGCCAAAAGACGUGCGGUGGCACAUGACCGCCCUUACCCUCGCACACGAGCGGGCAACCGACGCUCCAAUGCGAGAGAUGACCAUGAUGAACGUCCGCAAGGUCACGCGAUUUCGCGAAGACGGGCUGGAGGCGCUAGAGGAGCAGGUGCUGAAGAUUGAGAGCGAGAGACAGGCCCCAAAGGACGAAGACGCGGAAGAAGAGGAAUGGGAGGAUGUCGACGACGACCUCAUCAUUACCAAGGAGGCACGGGAAGCCAAAUGGGCACACCAGAGACAGGAAGAUAGCCAGAAGAUUGAAGCUAUUAAACUCAAGCUCGCCAAAGCGACUGAACUCACCGACAAACACAAGAAUAGACUGGAACGGCAACUGAAAGACUUGGAAAAGACACUGGAAGAUACAUCAAAAGAGAAAUUCCCCGUUGCGCUUCCGCAGGCAAUACGAGUGGGUGGCAGUCGAAAGCGGAGGAGACUGGCCAAGAGGAAUGCGCGCACGAAUAUAAGAGUGGAAGUGUGA